ACUGGUCAGUCUGAACACAAAUAAAUAACUGGAAUAAAAAAAUAAUGUGAACAAAUGCAAAUAAUAAUUUAGAAUAAGUGUCAUAAUUAAACUAAAAGUUAACCGUUAGUUGUGUGUAUUUACUUUUUGCUCUACAAUUUAUUUUACUCGAAGCGAUGCCGAUGCGGCAAAAUCAAAACAUAACCUAUUUAUAACAAAUAUCCGGGAAAUUUGCAUCCAAAUUCGAGAAAAAAAAGAAGUUAGAACAUCCUACUUCGCAAGCUGACGAUUUAAAAAAGAUCCUCUAAACAUGAAAGUCCACGUGACAUUCCGAAUGAAAAAAAAACUUCGUUUGCAUCACAACCGCCACACGCGCUUUUAAAACCAAGUGCGCAAUCGCUGAAAGUCAGUAACGUAGGAAAAUCUUUAAGAAUUCUGAAGUUUAUUUUCAAAUUUUGCAAGAUAAAGAGAUAAUCGUGUACAUUUUUAUCAAAGUGAUCUAUCACUAUUUAAAUUUUGUAAUAUUCAAACUUGUAUUGACAUCAGUAAAAUGUUGACUUUCAGAAAUUAAAAAUUUCGUUAUAGUUUACUCAGUUUUAUGUUUAUCUACUUCACUGUCGUAAGGCAAUCUGAAGAAUAAUUUAACGUUAGUGUAGUACAAAUACAUCAGGAGAAAGGUCAGAAUUUUUUGCCGGUACGGAGCCUCACAGAACUGAAUUAAAUAGAAAAAUUAUGGAGAGUACAGCAACUUUAGGAUGGGUCGACUAUUUAGUUAUUGUAUUAAUGCUCUGCGUGAGUACCUCAAUCGGUAUUUAUUACAGACUCACUGGCGGUCGACAGAGGACGACAGAGGAAUAUUACGCAGCGAACAAGUCAAUGAAUUUCCUUCCGAUUGGGAUGGCUCUCAUGGUUUCCUUUAUGUCUGCAGUAACCCUUUUGGGAGUAUCUUCUGAAAAUUACAGAUUCGGUACUCAGUUUGUCGUAAUAAACAUUUCCUACUUCAUCGGUACCCCAAUCGUCUGCUAUGGAUUUCUGCCUGUUUUUUUUAAACUGCAGGCCACCAGUGCUUAUGAGUAUUUAGAAAAAAGAUUCGGCGUGGCAGCUCGAUUAACCGCAAGUUUUAUUUACUGGGUCCAGCUGCUUUUAUAUUCGGGCGUUGUUUUAUACGCACCAGCCUUAGCUUUGGAAGCAACGACAGGAUUGUCGAAAAAUUUGAGUAUUAUUAUAAUCGGCCUCGUCUGUGCUUUCUACUCCAGCGUUGGAGGAAUCAAAGCUGUCUUGAUCACAGAUCUUUUUCAAGGAAUUCUCAUGUUCGUUGCAGUUUUUGUUGUUAUUGCGACCGCCGCUUAUAAUGUUGGAGGUUUAUCAGAAAUCUGGAGAAUUGCACAAACAGGAGAUCGCAUUCAGUUUGAUAACUUUUCUUUGGAUCCGACUGUUAGACACACGUAUUGGUCUUUAAUUAUUGGUGGGCUCUUCACAUUCUUAUCUCUUUAUGGUGUGAAUCAAGUCCAGGUGCAAAGAUUACUGACAGUGAGGAGUUUGAGAUCAGCGAGACUAGCAUUGUGGUUAAAUUGGCCAAUUCUGACUGCUCUUUCUAUUAUGACCAGUUUUUCUGGUUUAGCGAUAUACUCAAAGUACUAUAAUUGCGAUCCAGUAAAAGAAGGCAGAAUAUCACUUUAUGAUAUGCUGAUGCCUUUAUACGUUAUGGAUACUUUGUCUCAUUUGCCUGGAAUUCCUGGUCUCUUCGUGGCGGGUAUCUUCAGUGCGGGAUUAAGUUCGAUUUCCGCAGCUUUGAACUCCUUAUCCGCAGUUAGCUUAGAAGAUUAUAUCAAACCCCUUUAUAGAAAAAUUAAAGACGAAGAAUUUCCCGAUUCGAUGUCCCUCUAUACUGGAAAAAUUCUUGCCUUCAUCUUCGGGCUUCUCUGCAUCGCUGUAGCUUUCUUGGCUCAAUAUUUGGGAGGAGUUCUUCAAGCUAGUUUAACAAUUUUUGGUGUCGUCGGUGGUCCAUUGUUGGGAAUCUUCACUUUAGGCAUGCUUUGCGAAUCAGCUAGUCAACGCGGUGCGAUUACCGGUGUUAUGACAGCUUUAGUAUUUUCAUUUUGGAUCGCUUUUGGGCAGCCGAGACCAGCGCCUCCCACCUUACCAGUCUCUACUUAUGGAUGUGACACUAAAGAAUUAAUUUCGGAUAUUUCGAAUAUGCUUCAAAAUGUUGCUGCAUUAACUAGAAACGAAGAAUCUCCUUAUUUAAACGAAGAGUAUUCUUAUUUCUACCUCUAUCGGAUUUCGUACAUGUGGUACUGUCCAAUUGGUUUCGCCAUCACGUUCGUGAUUGGACUGCUCGUCAGUUGGAUUGGAAUAAUGAUGUGUGGUAGAGAUGAUGCGAAAGAUCCAGAUUUAUUUUUCCCUGUGAUAGCUAAUCGUAUGCGCAACAGAGAAAUACAAGAACCCCUUUCUCCUUAUGAAAUGUCGAGAAAAUACGAAUUUUCGGUCGAUUCAAAUAAGUCCGACAAAUCUAGCACAAAGCUUUAAGGUUGAAACUGCAUCGCCUUAAUUUAUCAAUUUAUUGUAUAUAUCUGUUGAAUUUUAAAUUCAUAAAACUUUUUUUUUUUGAGUUGUGAAGGACCAAUUUGUUUUUUGUUAUGGUAUAUUAUACACUCUUUAGUGCAUUUGUGGGACCUGCAUUGAAAUAUUUGAUGAGGCUUGGGACUCACAGUAUUUAUAUUUAGUUAAAUUUUGUUAUUUACAUUUUUUAAAACCCGGUAGGUUUCUGGGAAAUACUUAUUAUUAAAAUGCCCUUUUUAUAUUUUUUUCCAAUACACUGCCAGUUUUUAUUGUUGUUGUAAACGACAAAAAAAUUUUAUAUUAUCUACACCGUGUUACAAUUUACAAAUAAUAAUGCUUAGAAAUUUAAAUAAGCGUAAGUAGGUUUUAUAAAACGUAUUUAUUGUUAGUAAAUGUUAAUAAUAUUUAAAACAAAUACAUCACAUUAAAAUAAGUUGAAAUGUCACAAAGAGAGAAUCGUGGAAUGAGAGAAAUAUUUAUUAGAAUUUCACGAGUUCAGUGUUGAGUGAAUGUAAAUCUUUAGCUAGUUUUUCGAGUUGUAGCUUCAUUUUUGAAUGUAGCAGAUGUGUUUGCAUCUGGUUGAAUGGUAGUAUAAAUUUUAUUACCGAAAGAUUGAUAGUUGACGUUUGUUUUUUAUGUACUCGUAUACUCUGGUUUUUAGAGUUUUCAGUAUUACGUAAAUAAAUGUAGAUUAUAGAUUACAAGGAAA